GUGUCGCCGCCGUCGCCUCGGCGGUUGGGGGGGAUCUGUAGGGUGGCGCGCGCGGGGGGCGCAGCGCGGUUUUGUCUCGUCCUGUGGUGCGGAGCGGCUCGCGCGGUGGCCAGGGGAGGCCCCCUCGGCUUCCCGCAGGACGCCGGGCCAACGGCGGGCGGCUGCGGCGUCUCGGCCGGUCUGCGGCCCUGAGGGAAGGGCAAGGGACUCGGCGACGUGGAGGGAGAGCAGUAGUUCCAGAGAACCUGCUGGUUUAGAGUUUAGCUCUUGGGAGUUGUGAAAACAGUGAAGGAUGCUUAGACUACUUAACAUUCAAACUACCCUCUGGUUAAUCACCUUUAGAAGACUGGACUUCCGGAUGUCUACUCCAUCUCUAUUGAACUAAACCAUGAAAAUGAAGGCUACAGUCCUGGCAAUCGUCUGUGAGCCUUAGUUCCGUUGCUUCACAGCAUUUGAGACUUCCUCAGGGAACGCACGAUGGCAUCGGCGGUGGUUGACAGCGGAGGCUCUGCUCUGGAGCUUCCUAGCGAUGGAGGAGAAAAUCAAGAGGGAGGUGACACGGGCCCUGACUGCCCGGCAGUGAUUGUGGAGCCAGUUCCCAGUGCGAGGUUAGAGCAGGGCUAUGCUGCCCAGGUGCUGGUCUAUGACGACGAGACUUAUAUGAUGCAGGAUGUGGCGGAAGAACAGGAAGUUGAGACGGAGAAUUCAGAAACAGCGUCUCAUUUAUUGAAGCAGCUGUGAAUACUGUGAAUACUGGCAUGAAGCACGCCUGCCUGCGUGGCCCUCUGUGUCUGCUGAAAUGUUCAGAAGAUGGAAGCAUCAGUUCACAGCAGUAAUGCUCACUGUACGGAUAAGACCAUUGAAGCUGCUGAAGCCCUGCUUCAUAUGGAAUCUCCUACCUGCUUGAGGGAUUCAAGAAGUCCUGAGUUUAUCCAUGCUGCGAUGAGGCCGGAUGUCAUCACAGAGACUGUAGUGGAGGUGUCCACAGAAGAGUCUGAGCCGAUGGAUGCCUCGCCUAUCCCUACUUCACCAGACAGCCACGAACCAAUGAAAAAGAAAAAAGUUGGCCGUAAACCAAAGACCCAGCAGUCACCAGUUUCCAAUGGGUCUCCUGAGUUAGGAAUCAAGAAGAAAGCCAGAGAAGGAAAAGGAAACACAACCUAUCUGUGGGAGUUUCUUUUAGAUUUGCUUCAAGAUAAAAAUACUUGUCCCAGGUAUAUUAAAUGGACUCAGAGAGAAAAGGGCAUAUUCAAACUUGUGGACUCAAAGGCUGUCUCGAAGCUCUGGGGGAAGCAUAAGAACAAACCAGAUAUGAACUAUGAAACCAUGGGGCGAGCGUUAAGAUAUUACUACCAAAGGGGAAUUCUUGCAAAGGUUGAAGGACAGAGGCUUGUAUAUCAGUUCAAGGACAUGCCCAAAAACAUAGUGGUCAUUGAUGAUGACAAAAGUGAGACCUGCCCUGAAGACUUGGCAGCAGCUGCUGAUGACAAGUCUUUAGAACGAGUGUCACUAUCUGCAGAAAGUCUCCUGAAGGCAGCAACUGCCGUCCGAGGUGGGAAAAACUCAUCUCCUCUGAACUGCUCCAGAGCAGAGAAGGGUGUGGCUAGAGUUGUGAACAUCACCUCCCCUACUCACGACGGUUCCUCCAGGUCUCCUACUACCACUGCACCUGUGUCAGCAGCAGCAGCUCCAAGGACAGUUCGUGUGGCAAUGCAAGUCCCUGUGGUAAUGACCUCACUGGGCCAAAAGAUUUCAGCGGUGGCAGUUCAGUCAGUCAAUGCAGGCACAGGCUCGCCGUUAAUAACCAGCACCAGUCCAGCCUCGGCCAGCUCUCCAAAAGUAGUCAUCCAGACAGUCCCGACCGUGAUGCCGGCCUCCACUGAAAAUGGAGACAGAAUCACCAUGCAGCCUGCCAAGAUUAUCACCAUCCCCGCCACCCAGCUCGCACAGUGUCAACUCCAGGCAAAGUCAAACCUGACGGGGUCAGGAAGCAUUAACAUUGUUGGAACCCCACUGGCUGUGAGGGCACUCACCCCUGUUUCAAUAGCCCACGGUACACCUGUAAUGAGACUGUCUGUGCCUGCUCAGCAGGCUUCUGGCCAGACUCCUCCUCGAGUUAUCAGUGCGCUCCUAAAAGGGCCGGAGGGGAAAUCAGAAGCCAAAAAGCAGGAACACGAUGUGAAAACUUUGCAGCUGGUAGAAGAGAAGGGGGCAGACGGCAAUAAGACAGUAACCCACGUAGUGGUCGUCAGUGCGCCGUCUGCUAUCGCCCUUCCUGUGACUAUGAAAACCGAAGGGCUAGUGACGUGUGAGAAAUAAAUAAGCACGUUCCGGGCGGGCACUGCAGACUGUCAGGGUUGUCCUGACAGACAUUUGCAAGGAAGUCAUCAAGAAAGCCAGAGGAGGGUUCUCACACAACUGUGCAUAGAAGAAAGCAAUCAGACGUACUGGAAGUAAAUGACCUAUCCCAUGUUUCAGUGGGAAGUGAACUACACAUUGAGAUGCUGACAGAAAACUGCCUCUUAAGUAAGAACAACUGAACCCUCAAUAAGAAAAGCCUGAAAGGGACCAAGCAGCUCACUACACUAUCACGUUACACUAAGAGUUGGAACACUAACACCUGUAAGAGGUUACAUAGUUUUCAGUGGGGGGGUUGGGAUGGGUGACGUCAUUGUUACAAAGAGCAUUUCUUGAUGCAUUUUAUAUGCAUACCAGCAAUUAGCACUGUGCUUGGGCAGUGCUCACUUAACUGGUGCUAUGUGAAGACUCUGCUAAUACAGGUAUCUAGAAUGUGAACUGAGUGGAUCCAAAAGCUUCACACAGAGGAGAGCAAGAUCUAGUGCGCUUUUGUUUGUUUGUUUUGUUUUAUUUUUUGAUUUUGAAUAUAUAUAUAUAUAUCAUAGCUUAAGCUGUUUUAAAACAAAGGCCUUAGACUAAUUUUCGGUUUCCUUUCUUGAAAUAAGCUAAUGGCUUGUUUGUGUAAAGCUUUUUUAUUAAAAGAAAAAUUUUAAAAAUCUUGUACCUAGCACAGUAUUGUUAUAGAAUUUCCAUGUAACAUUUUCUAUGGUAGUUUAAGUCUGUCGGUUUCUUAAUUGUGAAGACAUUAACAGUUGGCUCCGGCCCUUUACUGUACCAUACCUGCGUCACUCGAGUCGCCCUGCUGUCUGCAGACACAUCGGUAUCAGUUCUUCUGUCAUUCGACAUUCAGGCCCGCAUGAACUUGCCAGGUAGCUCCAGUGCCUGGUGUUUGUUUCCUUUCUCACCCUUUUUCCUUUUCUCCCUAAUUUUCUCUUUUUCUUUUUUAGUUGACAUUUAAGAGGGGAAGUACCAGUGUUCAGAUUUGAACUAUAAUAGUUUGUAUAUUCAACAUUUGAAGUAUAUUCUAUUUUGUUGUACUCUUGUUUCAAAGUGUAUUCAAGUAGGUUUUCUGAAAUAUAGAAGUGAAAUUUAUCUUGUGGUUUUGGUCUCUGGUGAUAUUUUUCACAAUGCUCACAAGCCAGCCCAGGCUGUCGUUUCAGUCAGGCCACAGAAGUCUGGUGUUUUCUUAAUGACUGCCUGAAGAAAUGCUACUCCGGUUUCGUCUUUGUCCCAUUAUAGAAAUAUUUGACAACUCUCUGCACAUUCCCACUUCCUUUAUAACUAUAACCACAUAAGAAAUACAGGUCAGGAAAUUGGCCAAUCAUAAUGGACCUAUACAUGUGAAACACUUUCAGCACUAGUGGUAGCGGCGUGCCUGGCAUGUGCAGGCCCCUGGGUCUGGCCUGGCCCCUGGGUCUGGCCUAGCACCUCCCAGGUACUGAGUUGCUUCCGUUCAGUUUGUUUCCCGUCACACCUUUUAUGGGUAGAGAGCUGUGGCCUGGCCUGUACAGGUGACUGUACAGGUGAAGACUGAAGGACCAGAGUCACAAAUUUAAGUGUCACACAGUUAUAGUUAGGUCCUCCUGUACAUGGUAGACGUCUAUCUUUUUAGAAAUGUAGAUGAACCACUGAAUAUUUUUGGCCUUUGUAUCUUUAACAUGCUAUUUAUAGCAGCAAAGAUUUUUACCUUUUCUAGCCUUUUUUAAAAAAACUAACCUGAUUUUAAAAAUUCUGUGUAUGGGUGUUUUGUCUGCGUGGCUGUGUACACUUGUGUACUGGUGCCUGAGGAGGCUGGAGAGAGGUCAGGUCACUAGAUGGUUGGGAGCUGUGCUUGGCGUUUUGAACCUGCUCUUCUGAAAGUGCGGUCACCACUCCACUGCUAAACCGUCUCUCCAGGUCUCAUUCCACAAGCUUAGGUAACGAUACUUUAAAAAACUAGGUUGAUUUGAUUACUACUUUUGGAGUUACCCUCAAAAUUUACCUCUUAAAUACUUCAUCUCUCAAAAUUGAGUAUUGUCAAGUAUUGAGGAUUGUCUUUUGGUCAAGUCCCUAAAACUCCUUUGCAAAGGUCCAUGCUCUCUCUGCGUCCUGAGCCACGCAGAACAUACACAGACUUUGGUUAACAGCUAAAGGUGCUAACUUUUAAGCAGAUACUUUCUUCUGCAUUCAGCUGAUUAGAACUCUCUUCUAAAAGCAACAGAAAAAGUUUUCAGGUAAACAUAUAAAAUCUAGAUUUGCAAAUGUAACUCCAGCUUUCGGACUUCAACCCCCUGAAUGAUAAGUCAAUAUAAUGUUUCCAUCUUGUGUCCAGCAUUUUUGGAGAAAAGCCACAAAACCAUGGCUUGAUGCAUUUCCAGCCUCUCCAGGCCUUUGCACUGUGAUGAACGGUCUGUGUUUACUCCUUAGGUGACUUUUCAGCAUUCUCUCCAGAUGGCCGUGUACAGCUUCAGAGACCCCAGGCUGGACCCUUUGCUACAGAGGAUCUCACUUCAGCAACCAUCCUUGUGUCUCGGAAAGAGGUGCCUCCUACCCAUCAGAGUGUCUCUUUCCCUGGCCCAGUAGUUAACAGUCAUUCAGUAUUUUCUACCAGGCCACUUUUUUCCUCAAUGGGAAGCCAACCUGCAGUGCUCAUUGAAGGUCACCAGUGGCCUAGCUUACAAACACAAUUCUGAAAAUGUUUUCAAAGUUAGAGCGUGUACAUGCAUGAAGGUCAAGGUUCAGAAGUCAGUUCUUCUCCUGUCAUGAGACUCAGUCACAAGCACCUUUACCUAGUCUUCUCAAACAUUCCACACGACAUUUUUACACCUAAUUUACUUUGAUGUGCCUGCAGAUGUUGUGUACGAGGUGCUCAUGGAGGCCAGGAGAGUUGGCGCUCCUGAAACUGGAGUUAAACUUGGAGCUGCCAUGUAGGCGCUGGGAACCAAACAAACCCGAGACCUCUGCAGGAGCAGCCCUAACCCAUGAGCCGUGUCUCCACCCACUUACCUUCACCCUCGCCUCCCCAUCAAAUCUUGUGCCUUAGUUUUGCUUCCCAAAGUUAACUUGGCUUCCCAUGACAUGCCUCUGGCUUAUUCUCAGCCUAAAUGGCUCUCCUCCGGUCUGGCUUGACUUCCAACCAAGGUUUUCUCUGUAGGGCUUACCAGUGUAGAAGGGAUGGGAGGAGUUAGUGCGCGUGCACAAGCAGGCUCUACUGAAUGUUUUAUUAAAGGGAUUCCGUCGUGAAGGCUGUUCUUCAGAUAGGUGCCCAUGCUUUUUCCUUACCAAACCUCAGACCAGACUAGAUUUUGACUCUUACUGGCUCACUUUAUCUAAUUGCCACAUCACACCUCUUCCCAAGUGCUGCAUUAAACUCAUUCCCUGUAGUACAGUGCGUUACUUCUGCCAGGGACCUGUAAGAUUAUCUCAGACACAUCAUGCACAUCUGGCCAUUCUCCCAAGUCCUGUUGAUGGUAUGUUCUUGUGCGUGCCUGCCUCCACUCCUCUGGCUGUGUAGCCCAGGUUGUCAGAAAACACAUCGUCUUUCUGCCUCAGACUCUAGAGUGCUGUGAUUCCAGGAAGCUAGUGCGCCAAAAAGCCAAAAUAAAUAAAAGUGGAUUUCAUGA